AUGAGUACUUGGAUCAAGGGCCCGAUAUGCGGUAUAGAGAACUGUUCGUCCCGUCUAUAUAGGUCGGUGGAUGGCCGCCGAGUAUGCCGAAGAGGGCAUGUGUCGGAACAUCAUAUGGAUAUCGAUGAUGACGAUGGGGCCUUUGUUGUAACUAGAAGGCUCAACAUGAGCCAAGGAGACGAUGGAACUCUUUUGGCAGGCGGAGCACGCUCAUCAGUAUUCUCUCAGCAGCAGAACGAAGGGGCUGGUGCUCCUCGUGAAAGAGCUCAUGGUUUAGAUGGUCGCAAGGUCUGUUGGCAAUGCUACCAAUAUGUGCUUCGAAAACAAGCGCAAUGGCUUAUUGAAAAUCAUGGGGUACCUGCGGAAUUCGAAACCGUAGUCAAAGAAUUAUGGAUCUUCUAUUUAAAAGGGUAUGAACCCACCCCAAAGGAAAAGAUCGACGAUGCAUCUGAAAUAGAACGACAAUCAGGAACAGAAAAUAGGGUACCCAGUCUGCUACAUGCUAUAAGCAUAAUAUAUUUAGCAUUGCUGAGAAUGCAAAUUCCAAUAUUUGUCAACGAUCUAAUAUCAUGGGUUUCCACAGCUUCUUUACCAUAUAUGAGGGCAUUUUCAAUACUCCCUCGUACAUUGCAACAGAGUAUUCCUACCCAGUACAUUAGGAUAUUUGAGCCAAUUAAACCGCCAAUAAGAAAUGAACUUUACUGGAUGAUACUUCGUGUUUAUCAGUUCAUUCAUAGAGUGGAUCCUAACCCGUUCGUUGUGGAUUGUAGUCUAUUUCUAUUCAAACUGAAUUUAGAGCUCCUAUUACCCUUGGACGUGAUGUUAAUGGUUCAAAAUUGUUUAUCUGAUAUAGAUGAGAACGUUUACGAACUACCACUGUUGAAACGGGGGAUCCACACCAAUUACCAUAAUGACGUGUUUCUUGCCAAAGAUCUUGUGAAAAUUCCAGAGUUGCGUAUAGUGGGGCUCCUAAUAUGUUGCACUAAGUUCUAUUUCUUCAACACUGUUUCCACUAGGGUAAAAGUGGAUAUAACACGAUGGUACACACUGAUAAAUCGAUACAAUUUCACAUUCAAUGCCGGUCAUCUGUCGGAAAUGAUAUUCAAAGAUUCUGAUGACAAUAAGCUUGCCAAGUGGGACGAAGACCAAGUUGAUAGCUACUUGAAAUGGUUUGAAGAAAACCUGUUAGAGCAGGAGAAGGACAAAGAUUCUGCAAAUAUGGACCCUGCGCAGCGGCGCUUACGGGAAGUAUUUACAUUACAAGGCAUUGACACCGGAGAGAAGGUGAAGAAGUCCUCAAAAGCCUUCAACUCCGCUGAGGAGAAGCCCACGCUCGUUGAACUGUACCAAUCUUUACUUGAUGGCAUUGAAAACAACGAUCCUUCUCGGUCUAACGCGUCGGCGAGUCCAACGUUGAACUCCAUACGGCAGCUUCAUGACUUUCUUAUCUCCCGCCUAUCUAUCACUUUUGGAGUCACUGAGGAUAGACUCGGUGAUAUAACACGGCUUUGUCAAUCAUCCAUUGAGGGGUCUGGGGUAAAGGCAAAGAAAUAG